GCCAACCUAGCCAACUGUUGGCGCGUACCCCAACUAAACUAAACCCCCUGCUUUAGCAGGUAGACGCAUUUUAACAUUUAAUAUUCAUUGUCAUUCUGUAUACAGUUCUCGUCUGGUUAACACCAAACAUAUUCAAUCGUCAUUAUUGUGAACUGCGCAACAUUGUCCUUCAAGCGUGGCAUUAGUUCAAGUUUACUAAAUCAUUGUAGUAAAUACCAGUGCAAUCAUCGAAAGAAGAAUUAAUCAUCCCUCGACACAGCAUUCACGAUAUUAACGUGUAAAUACUAACUGCCAACUUACGUCAGCAUGAUCUCGUCGUGGUAUAAGACGUUUAAACAAAUUCUACACUUUAUGGAACAGAAAGAAAACUUCGUUGCCAUCAUCAUCUUACUCCUUGGACAUGAAGUCAUAAGUCAGGAUUGCAACCAAGUGGACCGAAAUUUCAUAUGCGAAAGUGUAGAGUUCAAAACUGGAGACGUAUUGGAUACAACCUCAAUCAACAAAUUAGCGAUAAAAUCGAUCAUUUUUGAAAAUAGUAACCUCAAUAUAUUACCCCGAAACGUUUUUUCAAAGUUUCCAAAUCUACAACAGCUAUACAUAAAUAACAGCGGUCUAAACCAAAUCAUGUUUGAUGCUUUCUCCAAUUUAACUGUACUGGAAGAAUUAUAUUUGGAGCAGAAUAGCUUAACCACACUUGAGAAUAAUACCUUCUUCGGCUUGGAGUCGUUGAAGUUGUUGCAGCUUUCGGAGAACGAAAUUGAAACUGUGGAAGGGGAUGCAUUUUUGGGUUUAAUCGAUUUGAGAUUGUUAUUAUUGGAUAGGAACAAGCUCAAUACUUUGGAUCCGAGAACGUUCACUUUUGUACCGAACUUAAAAUCCCUUAACCUGCUGGGAAAUUCGUUUGAAGUCAUUUCUUCGGAAAUGUUCUCAAAACUGAACAACUCGCUCUUGAACCUAAAUCUCGCAUUUAAUAAAAUAACCAAAAUCGAUUUGUCAAUUUUUCCAUCGAGUUUGCAAGUACUGGAUUUGGCUAGUAACGAAAUAGUAACGGUCACUAGUUGGCCCUCUAUGAAGAACGUGUUUUACCUUAAUUUACAAGGGAAUCAUAUUCGCGUAGUCGUCACAAUCACUGAAAUAUUUUCAAUUUUUCAGCCAUUCAAUAGUGGUGCACCAAUUCAAAGCAUACAUUUAGCCGAAAACCUAAUUGAGCUAAAUUUGGAGAACAAUUAUUUGGCGGAGCUUAAGGGUGAUUUUUUUAAUGGUAUGAGUAAACUUCGGGUUUUGAAAUUGCAAUCGAAUAGCAUUACUGACAUUAUUCCCGGCAGCUUUACUCAUGUUAGUGCCUUAGAACAGUUGUACCUGUCAAACAAUUCACUAACUCAAGUUAAGCAAACUGAUUUUACAGGUCUUUCUAAAUUGUCACAAUUGCAUUUAGCCAAAAACAAAAUAAAGAAUUUAUCAGCUUCCUGUUUUAAAGAUUUAGAAUCUCUACUAGUAUUAGAUCUAUCUGAAAAUGAACUGGUGCGAUUGAAAGAUACACAUUUUUCGGGAUUAAUUAAAGUUAAUCAUUUGCACUUACAAAACAAUCACAUUUACGAAAUACGGCCGAGAACAUUUCGAGCGCUUCGGGCACUUUUUAGAUUAGAUUUGUCGCACAACAGAUUGCCAGAUUUAGGUAAAGAUUCGUUCAUGUUUUUGCCGCUUGUAACAGAAUUAAAUUUGGAGUACAACAAUUUAAGUCAAAUUACUGAUGGGGAUUUCAACGGACUGUCGAGCGUAAUCAGCCUGAACCUGGCAAAUAACCGAAUUAUUCAUCUCAGUGAGCAAACUUUUGUGGGGACCAAGAAAUUAAAAAAUUUAAUUUUGAGAAAUAACGAGCUACCCUCUCUUGCAGAUGUGCCCUUUAAAACGCUUUCUUCACUGACCAAGCUUGACAUUUCAGAGAAUCAUCUCACAAGCCUUGGUCAGGGAAUUUUUUCUAAUACGUACGGGACUAAUUUAACUAAGUCCUCUAGCGGAUUAGCAAAUUUGAAUCUGUCAAACAAUUUACUCACAUCGAUUCAGGAAAUCGACUUCCUUGGUUUGUCAAAUUUGAUCGAGCUCCAUAUGCAAAGCAACAGAAUACAACGCAUGGAUAAAGGUAGCUUCACCAGCUUGCAAUCCUUAAAGCAUCUCGACCUUUCCAAUAAUCUAAUUACAACAAUAAAAACCGAAACAAUUGCAGGUCUAACGAGCCUUACCAAUUUAUAUUUGCAAAGCAACGGUAUUUCAAAUGUAUCCUCUGAUGCAUUUCAAAACCUUGGGUCGUUAGUAAUGUUAGAUUUAUCGAAUAACUCCAUUGCAAAGUUAUCAGAAAGUGCAUUUAGUGGAUGCACAAAGCUAGUCGGUUUAGAUCUUUCUACAAAUUUGAUUGAUGAUUUACAACCGAAACUAUUUCAAAAUUUGCCCCAACUUACACUCCUACAUCUGCAAAACAACUUUUUAAGCAAUAUAACUAAUGGAUGCUUUGAGGGCCUCAGCAGCUUGCAGUUGCUGAAUUUAACUGAUAACGCAAUUGAGGAAAUUAGUGACUUUAAGGGUCUUUCUUCUCUGAAUUCUCUCUACUUAAGAAAGAAUCGCAUACAUAAACUAUCGCCAACUUCUUUCCGUGAUCUAGAAGAACUCGUUCUCUUGGGCCUUUCUUCUAACGACAUCAAAAGCUUAGACGAGUCGAUUUUUUACAAUUUAACCAAUUUGGCAGAUAUCGACUUAUCACACAACCAUCUGACGGAAUUAGAAGAAUCGACAUUUGCCACGCAGAAGAAUUUGGUAUUUUUAGACCUUCACAGUAACCAAUUGACGUGCAUAGAUCCAUGCGAAAUUAUAACCUAUUCCCACCACUAUACUAUAAAUUUUAAGUUCCAUGGGAAUUUGUGGAAUUGCACCCUGUUGCGAGAAAUGGCGCGAGACUCAACAGAUGAUUUUUACGUCAACGUGCGCUGUGAUCGAAAAGCUUCCAAAACCAAGGCGAUGCGAGACUUUAGCACGGAUACGAUAGUAAGCUCUUCAUCGAAUCAAAAUGCUAAUUUCCGCCCAUUUAAACCCGACAAAGAUGUACACAAUGGCAAUAACUUCAGCGACAGCACCGUUUUCAGUCAAUUACUAAGAGAUUUUGAAGAGGCUCAUCAAAGGCGAUAUUCCGAUUUAGUUCGACUAUUUAACAACUUUAAACAAGAAAUCGUGAUACUGAAUGCAAUAAUCAUAGUAAUUAUUUUUGUGAUAUUGUUUUUAAUUUGUGUUAGGCAUGUAAAAUAAUUAAAAAUCGUUUGAACACAUGUUUUGUUGUAACCUUAACAGUAGAACAGUAGAAGUUCUUUGUACGAAAUAAGUAAAUGUAUACUGUAUUAAUUAGACUGAAUUAAUAAAUCUUGAUGAUUGGUAACUUAA